AAGUUGUUUGUUUCACUGUUACCAGCUGCUGGCCCAUUCCAAUCCUUGUCGGAGUGGAAACACGGGGGCCGACAGUCCUCUUUUUCUCCCUUCCCAUUUACCUCGUUGUGCUUUCUUUUAUUUCACCCGCUUUACUCUCUUUCGCUCCUCUCCUCGGCAGACAACUUUUCCUUUUCUCUUCCCUCUUUUCCGCUCCGUUUUAAAACCCCGUCCACAAGCUCCACUUAUUUAUUUAUUUAUUUAUUCUUCUUUUUAUCCAAAGGAAUAGACGUUUAUUUAUAUAUAUAUUUUUAGAUGUAUCACAAAUGAGAAGGCGCAAAAGAUGGAGCUGCACAUUUUAGAGCACAGUCUGAAAGUAGCGAGUAUAGCGAAAGAAGGCAUCCAGAUUUGCACUCACGGAUUAAUCAAACUAGCUUUUCUGCCUUCUAAAACAAGAUGCAAGUUCUUUAGUUUAACUGAGACUCCAGAGGAUUAUACCAUUAUCGUGGAUGAAGAUGGCUUUAAAGAGCUGCCGGAGUCUGAGUAUCUCAGCGUGGCUGAUGCGACGUGGUUGGCUCUCAACGUGGUGUCGGGAGGCGGAAGCGCCACCAGCUCUCAGCCAAUCGGGGUCACCAAAAUUGCAAAGUCGGUUAUCGCCCCGCUAGCUGACCACAACAUCUCUGUGUUCAUGCUGUCAACCUACCAAACUGAUUUUAUAUUGGUUCGAGAGCGGGACCUGCCCAUGGUCAUGCACACGCUGUCUGCUGAGUUCACUCUCCUGAAGGUUGUCAAUGGAGAAACGGUCGCUGCUAACAGCACCGAGGUCACCAAUGGUUUCGUCAAGCCUAAACUGGUACCUCGGCCCAUCAUUCACCCUCUCUCCAGCCCCAGUAACAUGUUCUGCGUUACCAGUCUGGAUCCCGACACGCUGCCCUCGGUGGCCACGCUGCUCAUGGACGUCAUGUUCUACUCGGGCGGAGCAAAAGAGGCCGUGGGGCAGAGCGAGGAUUCUGGACACAUCCGCUUCUUCUCGUUCUCACUGAUCGAAGGUUACAUCUCUCUGGUCAUGGAUGAACAGACGACUCGGAGGUUUCCAAACAACGUCCUCUUCACAAGCGCUUCAGGAGAACUUUGGAAGAUGGUUCGCAUUGGAGGACAGCCUUUAGGGUUUGAUGAAUGUGGCAUUGUGGCUCAAAUCUCUGAACCACUGGCGACUGCUGACAUUCCAGCCUAUUAUAUCAGUACCUUCAAGUUCGAUCACGCUCUGGUUCCUGAGGAGAACAUCCAGAGCGUGAUUGGAGCCCUGAGGACCAAUGAGAGCACAGGACAGUGAGGGAGUCCCACAUCCCAGCAAUCGUUUUGAUUUCUUAUGUAGAACUCUAACAAGUGCCAAGAGCUUUCAGGACUGCUUCUGUGGGAGAGGGAUCAGAAGAGGAACAGAUGCGGGAGAGGGGAUCUUUAGUAUUGCAGUCAGUAUUGAGAGAUCGUGACAUCACUUCCUGUCCAUCUUCUGCCUACCUGCAAAAACAGCCCUCGUCCAAGCCGAUCCCCAUUCGACUCGACAGGGACCCUGAAUCAAGCGUUUUUCUUGCUCUUUUUCCUCUUAUCCAACCUCUCCUCCACGUAUCGUUUGCCAUGGCAACAGAGGCUGCUUAAUACCGGGCCUGGACAUCAUAAAGCGAUUCCGAAGACGUCGUAAAUAACCAUUAUGUAUUAGUGGCAGGUCCUCCUCAGAAGGACAAAGAAUGUACUUUAUCAAGAUUUAUUGGUUUUCCUCCCUCUUUCCUGUUUUCCCUUGCAGUGCCAAGACUGACGGCCUAAACAGACUCCUUGUCUAAAUGUGUUUUUUCUGGAUGCUAUGUUAAGGUGAUGGUACGGAGAUUUUAGCGAAACGCUCCUGUUCGGCAAUAUCGUUCGGUCACGUGUUCGCUUCGUGAAAGAACCUUUUCAUUUCCCCUUUAGAAAGUUUUCCAUGUUCAGAAGUUUUGUUACUUUCCCUUCACCUAAAUCCUGCAGUCACAGUUCAAUGCCAAGUGGUUGGCUAAUGAAUAAAUUUAGUUGUUGUUGUUUUCGCAUUUCAAGUACAAUCAAUCGUUUUUCUGUCCGCCUGACCGAGUUGGCAGUGAAUGUGUGUGAUUUUGUCCGACCGGGGUCGGCAAACCUAGGCGUGGAUACAGGUGAAGUGAAACCGUAUUGGUUCACGUGCACUAGUUCAGGAAAUAAGCACGAAAGUCCACAAACUGUGCAGUUUACUGUAUACUGUUUUUAAAACAUUCAUUUUGGUGACGACGUCGCUUUUUAGUUCACCACUUUCUUAGUUUUCGCCACUUCUUGCUCCUUUCCAAAUUUUGCAAUGCUGUCAUCCGCUGAGGAAACCGGUGGGCAACACUACCGUUUGUUGAAUGUUAGUUGGGGUCACGUGUCACUGACACUGGCGUUAGUUUAGGCCUUCAAGCUCCCCUCGUCUGCACUUUAUUUAAGGUCGGUCUUGAAGAUCAUAGUAUUCUGAUGUGAAAUACCGGGGAUUUGUAUUUUUCCCCAUGAAGGAGGUCUCUUUUAGAAGGGUCACUUGUUGCUCUUUACACAUGGAUGGGUGUCUUUUUCCAGUAGCUUUUCUUCUGUUGGCUCCGAAGCGGACAUUUGCAGAAACAUGUAUUUAUCAGUGUUAAAAAAGGGGUGAUCUAUUUCUUCUGACAAUUAAAGAUGUGAAACCCGUA